AUGGAUCUAGAAGGCGCUGCUGAUUCGAAGCAUCCUUUGUAUCCCGAGUGCACCGUCACCUCCCCCUCGCCAGGAGGGUGGGAGGCAAACUUUCAUGGCAAUGUCGACAGGCCUGCGGUGCCAGCUGAGCACGUCCGGGCGAUUCUUGGUUUCCUGCAGGCCACCUAUCCUACCAAAGACGGCAUCACGAUCGCAGAGUUCGGUCUCCCUGCUUUCAAAGCCUCCGACAUGUCAACGGAUCAUAUCCGGAGUGACCUGGCGCAGUCUGAGUUUUACGUCCCCAUCCUGAAUGAGGUUCUGAAGGCAAUCAACAUCGAAAAUGUCCACGUCAAGGGGCUUUACGGCUGGUCGUAUCUCGACAAUUGGGAAUGGGGUCAGUAUGAUGACAAGUACGGUGUGCAAGGGUAUAACCAGACGACCCAAGAGCGUUUCUACAAGCGGGCAAUCUUUGACUACGCUAGUUUCGUGCAGGAACACAUGGCAGCUUGAGUCUGGGAAAGUUGCGAUGUAAUGAGGCUUGCAAUAUAUACUAUCUUCUUCGGGAAUCAGACCCGCGGCUAUGCAUUUAUGCAAGAUACUUCAAAAUGAACGGCACAGUCUCAACAACAUCCCAAUCCUCCUCCUUGCUCGCAUCUCCAAAGAUCCUCAGCGCGCGCGCAAUAAACGCAUAGCUUCCCUCGGGCACAAUAGUCCGAUCGGCCAAAAAGCCGUCAAAGUUCCAUGUGUACCCAAACCUGUGCGCGUACGUAACGGGCGACUGCGGCAAUGGGCCGAGGGUCGGGUACCCAAGGACAUCGGUGACCUUGAGCGUAGAGUUGCCGCUGCUGCCGAGGGCCACGAGCUCGACGUGCAGAUCCGUGGUACCAACGGUCGGGAUUACGACCAUCUUGGGGUAAAUGGCACUUCCCAUGGUCCCGGGCCGAGGGAUGGUGAAAGUCCGGUUUGCGGCGACGGGGAUGAGGAAGUGGUUGUCCGUAGAGGAGAGGUAG